UCCUCCUUGAGUUCAUAAACCAACAUACCUUCCCUUUUAUAUAUCUCUCUCUGUCUCUCUCUCCCUCUCCCCCACAAGAACUACAAAGCAAUAAGCCAAACACUCUCUUUUGCUCUUGUUUCUUCCUACAUACAAACCACCUUCUUUUCUAUUUUGUCAUAUGAACAUAUCUAUAUCUUAAAAAACAGUGCUUAUAAUUUAUUUUUUUAACAAAGAAUGGCUUCAUCAUCUGAACUAGGCUUGGAUUGCAAGCCACAUAGCUACUCCAUGUUACUGAAAUCAUUUGGAGAACAAAGUGAUCAAAGCUACAAACUCGAAGAAUUUGUUUCUCGCUUAGAAGAAGAACGUCUCAAAAUCGAUGCUUUCAAACGUGAGCUUCCUCUCUGCAUGCAACUUCUCACAAACGCAAUGGAAGCAUCGAAGCAGCAACUUCAAGCGUUUAGAUCGAAUCAAGGAGCAAAACCAAUUCUAGAAGAGUUCAUACCAGUGAAGCAAUUAACAUCAUCAGAAACAUUGGAAAAGACAACAAAUAAUAAUGUAUGUGAUAUGGCAAAUUGGAUGACAAGUGCACAAUUAUGGAGCCAAACAAGUGAAUUAGGAACAAAACAACAACAAAAUUCAACAAAAGAAAAUAAUGAUAACAAUAACAAUAUUGGAUUUAACAUUAGUCCUAAACAUAGAAAUGGUGGAGCUUUUCUCCCAUUCUCAAAAGAAAGAAAUAACUCAUCUUGUCAAGGUCAGGGUCUUCCUGAACUAGCACUAGCUUCUACUCAAAAAGAAGAGGAUAAGAAACAUGUUGGAGAAGCAGAAAAAGGGAAAACAAAUUCAGGGAAUGAAGUUGAUAAUCAAGGAAAAGGAAGUCCAGUAGCAUCAUCACAAACUCAGACAACAAGCAAUAAUUCAAACCAAACUCAUAGGAAAGCAAGAAGGUGUUGGUCACCAGACUUGCACCGUAGAUUUGUUAAUGCUCUUCAAAUGCUUGGUGGAUCUCAAGUGGCAACACCAAAACAGAUAAGGGAGUUGAUGAAGGUUGAUGGUUUGACCAAUGAUGAAGUUAAAAGCCAUCUGCAGAAAUAUAGGCUUCACACAAGAAGACCAAGUCCAAGUGCACAAAAUGGUGCACCAGCAGCACAGUUAGUGGUUUUAGGAGGAAUAUGGGUCCCACCAGAAUAUGCAACUGCAGCUCAUGCAGGAGGAACACCUACUCUCUAUGGUGGUCAUCCUACUUCUCAUCAUCUCACUCUGCCACAUUACUGCACUGCACCAGGCCAAGAUCAGUACUACACUACUGCACCGCCACCGCAGCAGCUACUUCCGCCGCCUCAUCACAUGCACCAUGUCUACAAGACCACGCCACACGGACAAGGUUCACCGGAGACAUGUGGAGACGGGUUGGAUAGUAUCGAAAAUGGGAAGACAUCGGAGAGUAGUAGCUGGAAAGAGGGGAGUUCUGAGGAUGAAGGGGAAAGGAAAGGGUUUGUUGAAGAGAGCAAUGGGAGUGAAAUCACUCUCAAAUUUUAAUUAGGCCUUAAUAAUAAUAGUUAUCAUUAUUUAAUUUUAAGAAAUUAGAAUAUAGAGGAUUUUGUUUUCCAAUCCUAUGCAUCUUGGUUUGUUAGACUAUUCAUCAUUCAAGAAAAAAAAUGAUAUGAUAAUUAAUUAAAUAAAAUGAAAGCUAUGCAGAACUAAAUAUCCUUAGUUAGUUUUGGAUGAAUUUUAUGUAGCAGGUAAAUAGGGCAUAUUGCAUGCAGUUUUUAGUGGGUUAAAAAGGACAGAAAAGUGAGGAUUUGUUUUGUUUUGAUUUUGUACUGUUCUGUUAUGUACUACUACAACGGUCCACAGAGGGAAGAAUCAGAUUCUGACUCUUCGGGUUUUCUGGUUUUAUCAGCUAGACAUAUAUGCCCUUUAAUUCUAUCAAUAAUAACAAUCUUAGCAACAACAGAA